AUGUCGUGGCUUUGGUUAGAGGGUGACCCGUUGUUGCUACACGACUGCUCAAAGGGUCACCAGGGCAAGGUCAAGGUCACCAGGACGAGGGCAAGGUCACCAGAGCGAGGGCAAGGUCACCAGAGCGAGGGCAAGGUCACCAGGACGAGGGCAAGGUCACCAGGGCGAGGGCAAGGUCACCAGGGCGAGGGCAAGGUCACCAGGACGAGGGCAAGGUCACCAGGACGAGGGCAAGGUCACCAGGACGAGGGCAAGGUCACCAGGACGAGGGCAAUGUCACCAGGGCGAGGGCAAGGUCACCAGGACGAUGUCAGGGUCACCAGAACGAGUGCAAGGUCACCAGGACGACGGCAAGGUCACCAGGACGAGGGCAAGGUCACCAGGACGAGGGCAAGGUCACCAGGACGAGGGCAAGGUCACCAGGGCGAGGGCAAGGUCACCAGGGCGAGGCAAGGUCACCAGGACGAUGUCAAGGUCACCAGGGCGAUGACAAGGUCACCAGGACGAGGGCAAGGUCACCAGGACGAGGGCAAGGUCACCAGGGCGAUGACAAGGUCACCAGGGCGAUGA